AUGACGACGAUGAUGUCGGAUCUUUCUGGGGGCUUGGUAACAGAGAUUUUGGAUAAUUCAGCGGCGAAAAAAAAUCAGUUUCUGGGGUUCAUGAUGAUGGACGAUAGGGUUUGCUCUCUGAGGUUUGAUCUCCAAGGAAUCCGAAACGAAGGAGAAGGAGGAGACUUGUUGGUUGAUCCAUCUGUAAAUCAGAUAAGCCUUCUAGACCAAAUCGAGGUACAUAAACUCUUUCACUGCGACGGUUUAGUCCUAUGCGUUCUCUUCGACGGUUCCAAGCUCUUGGCAUGGAAUCCCUAUUUGGGGCAAACGAGAUGGAUCCAACCCAUGAAAAGUUUCCACUUAUUAGACAGGUAUGCUCUUGGCUAUGACAACAUUAACAACCGUAACCACAAAGUCUUGAGGUUUGUUGACGAUUACGUCACUGAGGAAGACCAGCCUUUUGGGUACGAAAUCUACGACUUCAGCUCUGAUUCAUGGAGGGUUCUCGAUGUCACUCCCGACUGGGAUAUUGUGUUUUACCAACGCGGCAUGUCUUUGAAGGGAAAUUCUUACUUUCACGCUCAACAAAAACUCAUGCCAGGAGUUGAACCUGAAGACGACGACAUAGAUACUACAGACCUUCCUGUUUUUCUACUCUGUUUUGAUUUUACAGCUGAGAGAUUUGGACCACGUCUUCCUCUGCCCUUUCACUCUUAUGGUGAAGAGACUGUGUCUCUCUCUUGUGUCAGAGAAGAGCAGCUCGCUGUCUUGUAUCAUAACUACAACUUAUACUUGGAGAUUUGGAUUACCACUAAGAUCGAGCCUACUGCCGUGUCUUGGAGCAGGUUUUUAGUUAUGGAUAUGAAACCAAUCACUGGCUUUAAGUUUUGUGUCGAAGCUGGGAGUUUCUUCAUUGACGAGGACAAGAAUGUCGCCGUGGUUUUCGAUCUUGACGGAUAUAAACCAACCGAGACUUGUCGCUACCAGUCAGCUCACAUCAUUGGACAAGAUGGAUACUUCAAGUCUGUGAAUUUCAGAGAAGCUCCCAAUCUAGGGACACCUGACAGUUAUGGAUUUACUUCCCCCAUAUAUUGUGUCCCACUUGUCUGCCCUUCUUAUGUCCCAAGUUCAGUGCAGAUUUGA